CAUAUCUGUCAAAAUGGCUGCCCCCAUUCCGGACACACCGGACCAGUCGACCUCUAAACCUACUGAAGAAAAUCCCGACGAAAGCAACGCUUUUAGAUUCAAAGACAUAUGGAAGAUAAUGCCCUGUAGUUAUUACAGUAUGGUCUACAAGGAUUGUAUAGGCUGGAAAACUAAAUAUUACUAUCGGUACUGGGAUGGAGUGGCACAAGAUGAUUGUGCUCCAAUGAAGAAGGACCAAGAAAUGUGUGAGGAGCUUGCUACAAAAGACAAUGUGGAGGCAUAUGAACACCUGUUGAAGACGGAAGAUACCAAGCGCCAAAAGCGUUUAGAGAGUGUUCAGAAAAAUGAUGUCUGGGAAUACCGAACACAUGCACCAAUGGGCUGGUAUACCGGUAUGUUAACCAACAGCCCAGCCACAGUCGGUGUUGUAGACGACUUGAAGCCAACCCAUCCAGAACAUGACAAGCCUUACCUUAGCAACCAUUUUGAACGAUAUAGUGAAAGUUAUGGUGGUGAAGACAUUACGCAUGCUAAACCAAAGUUAUGGCUGAAGCCGCUUAAGGAGAGCGCUGAAGACAGUGCUUAUAAGUGUGUUAUUUCCUAACCAGACAGACUCUGUUUAGCUUAACAGGUUUAUUCCAUCCACACAACUGUAGUUUUGUAUUGUUUGAAUUUGACUCCUGUAUUGUGUAAAAUACUUACCAUUUCAUGGAAAUAACACCAUACAUGCAGCCAUCAGACCCUGUUUUACCUAUAAUCCCUUAGGUUUUUCCAUAGAAAGCAUUGCUAGUGUUCAGGAACAUGUCCUUAUCUUGCAUGGAAUAUUUUCCUUAAGACAAGAAAUGAUUUUUAGUGAAAUAUAAGUUAAGGAAUGUUUUUGAAACUGGGGCCUGAUGAUGUUCAUGUUGACUAUCUAUGUCCCAUCAUUAGUAAUGCUACAUGAUGUUGAAUUCAAUUUCUGAGUAACUCUUCAUUCCAUUAAAAAACAGUAAUGGAGCCACGGCUGGGACCGAGUCCCAUUUUCUUUGAGGAAUGGACAGCAACAAGGAUGUAAACCCAAUAAGAACACACAGACGUAGACAAAUGUUUGAAUUGUCGUCAAUACUUUACCAUGGGCAUUUAAUCACUUGAUUAUAAUGCAUGGAUCUUGUGAACUGUACUUCUAGUCAUGGUAUUGUUGUGUUGAGUGUUUUCAACAGCAGUACUUGGAAUAAUUUCAGAAGGUUCUAGAUAGCUCACUAGAACGGCCUGAUAGGGUUUUUGUAUGAUUAUUGAGGAAAUGGCAUAAAGUAAACUAGAAAAUUACUAUCCAUGGUCUGUAUACAAUAGGAAAGUGGUUCAACACAAAUAACAUUUGAUUCGUAUAACAUAUAUAACCAAAAUUCUCUUGACACAUUGUACGAAAAAAGGGCUUCCAAGUAUAACUGAGUAUACAAGCUACUGCUAUCUGGAAGUAUAGCAAAUAUGGUCGAAUGUCUGUCUCCAAGUGAUGGAUUAAUGCAGUGCUUCAUUCCUGAAAAAGUUAACAGAACCCUGAACUUUUGAUAUCACCAACAGGUUAAUUUUAUAUACAGUAACGCUGUAUAUUGUAUCAUUAUCAUCAUCAUGUAAUUGUUAGAUGAUACAUUAUGUAUAAGUAAUUGAAAAUCAUGUAACAGUCAUGUCACAUUAUGUAUCCAUAAUGUCACAUUUUUUAUCAGUGCUGCUAGAUUAGGUAUCGGUAAUGUCUAAUUAUGUAUCCAUAAUGUCACAUUAUUAUCAGUGCUGCUACAUUAGGUAUCGGUAAUGUCAGAUUAUGUAUCCAUAAUGUCACAUUUUUUAUCAGUGCUGCUACAUUAGGUAUCGGUAAUGUCACAUUAUGUAACCAUAAUGUCACAUUAUUAUCAGUGAUGCCACAUUAGGUAUCAGUAAUGUCACAUUAUGUAUCCAUAACGUCACAUUUUUUAUCAGUGCUGCUAGAUUAGGUAUCGGUAAUGUCUAAUUAUGUAUCCAUAAUGU